CACCCUCCUUAGCCACCAUGGGGCUAAGAGUGGCCAGCCUCUUCCUCUUCUGGCUGGCUCUUUCCUCUGCUAAUGAAAUAAAGAAAGGAAGGACAAGAAGCCAUGGCCACUAUGUCUGCAGCACUUGGGGAAACAACCAUUUCAAAACUUUUGAUGGAGACGUCUACCAAUUCCCUGGCAUUUGCGAGUACAAUUUUGUUUCCGACUGUCGAGAGGCUUACAAGGAAUUCUCUGUCCACAUCCAGCGUGCUCUCAACAGCAAUGGCCAUCCUGAGAUCCAGUAUAUUCUGAUGAAAAUCAAGGAUAUAAUGGUCUACCUCAAACCAAACCUGGUUGUAGUGGAAGGGCGGAUUGUGAAGACACCUUACUACACCUCUGGUGUCCUCAUUGAGAGCAAUGAAAUUUACACCAAGAUUUAUGCUAAAUUAGGCAUGGUUCUGAUGUGGAACCAGCAGGAUGCCCUGAUGGUGGAGCUGGACAACAAAUUUAAUAACCAUACCUGUGGUCUCUGUGGGGAUUACAAUGGAAUUCAAAUCUACAAUGAGUUCAUCAAUGGAGAUGCAAGCUACAACUCAAUUACAUAUGGGAACAUGCAGAAGAUCAGCAAACCCAAUGCCAAAUGUGAAGAUCCAGAUGAAACUCAGGCUCUUCCAAGCUGUAAUGAGCAUCGUGAUGAGUGUCAGAGGUUGCUGACUUCCCCUGCAUUUGCCGAUUGUCGGCUACGUCUGAAUUUGGAAAUGUACAUCCAAGCCUGCAUGCAGGACAAGUGUGCCUGUAAUGGGAAGGAGGACUCCUUCUGCCUCUGCAGCACCAUCUCUGAGUAUUCCCGCCAGUGUUCACAUGCCGGCGGCCGCCCAGGAGAAUGGAGGACACAGAACUUUUGCCCCAAGAGCUGUCCCGCUACCAUGGUCUAUAGAGAAAGCAGCUCACCCUGCAUGGAUACUUGCUCACACUUGGAGAUCAGCAGCCUUUGUGAGGAGCACUACAUGGAUGGCUGUUUCUGCCCUGAAGGAACUGUGUAUGAUGAUAUCAGUGAAAAAGGCUGCAUCCCUGUUAGCCAGUGCCACUGCAAACAUGGUGGAAAGGCGUAUGCACCUGGAGAAAGCAUUUCCAAAGAAUGUGAAGAAUGCACCUGUAAUUCAGGCAGAUGGACCUGCAAAGAUUUACCCUGCCCAGGCACAUGCUCAGUGGAAGGAGGUUCCCAUAUUACCACCUUUGAUGGGAAGAAGUACACCUUCCAUGGAGACUGCUACUAUGUGUUGGCCAAGGAUACUGCAAAUGAAAGUUAUGCUCUCCUGGCAGAGCUGGCUCCCUGUGGUUCCACAGACAAACAGACCUGCUUGAAGAAUGUUGUGCUGUUAGUGGAUAACAAAAAGAAUGUGGUGGUUUUCAGAUCAGAUGGCAGCGUGCUCCUGAAUGAGAUGACAGUGAAUGUGCCUCAUGUGUCAGCCAGCUUCUCAGUAUUCAAGCCAUCUUCCAGCUACCUUGUUGUACAAACUUCUUUUGGGCUUCAGAUGCAGAUCCAGCUGUUUCAAGUCAUGCAGCUGUUUGUGACUGUGGAUCAAUCAGUUAAAGGAAAACUUCAAGGUCUUUGUGGAAACUUCAAUGGAAUGGAAGGUGACGACUUUAGAACAACUAGUGGGCUGAUUGAGGCUACAGGAUCUGCCUUUGCUAACACAUGGAAGGCUCAGUCCACCUGCACAGACCAGGCAGAAAAGCUGGAAGAUCCCUGCAGUCUCAGCAUUGAAAGUGCAAAUUAUGCUGAGCAUUGGUGCUCUUUGCUGAGAAACCCAAAGGGUCCUUUUGCAAGAUGUCACUUAGCCAUUGAUCCUUCAGAAUACUAUAAGAAAUGUAAAUAUGACACCUGCCUCUGUGAAGACAAUGAAGAAUGUCUGUGUGCUGCUCUGUCCUCUUACUCAAGAGCCUGUGCUUUCAAAGGGAUCAUACUGGGAGACUGGAGAAAGAGUGUCUGCAGCAGUGAAGUAUCUUCUUGCCCAGGAAAUCAAGUCUUCCUUUACAAUCUUACAAUGUGCCAGCAAACCUGUCGUUCCCUUGCCGAUGGUGAAAAGUAUUGCUUGCAAGACUUUGCUCCUGUGGAUGGCUGUGGCUGCCCACCCAAUACGUACUUGGAUAAGCAUGAUAACUGUGUGCCCAUCUCCCAGUGCCCGUGUUAUUACAAGGGAUCAUACCUGGAACCUGGUGAAUAUUUCACAAAAGAUGGAGAACGCUGUGUUUGCCGAAAUGCAAAGAUCCAGUGCACUUCAGUGAAAAUAAGAAUGAGAAGUGGAAAAGAAUGUUCUUCCAACAAGACAUACUUUGACUGCAAUGCAUCCUCAAAGUGGACGUCACAAACACCUCUACAACUUAGCUGUCAUACUCCUCAAACUGAUCAUUUCCAGACAGAGUGUGUCUCAGGCUGUGUGUGUCCUGAAGGUCUAUUUGAUGAUGGCAGAGGGGGCUGUGUUGAGCAAAAAGAUUGCCCAUGCAUUCAUAACAAUGAGUGGUAUUCUUCUGGAGGCAAGAUAAAAGUGGACUGCAAUACCUGCACCUGCCAGAAAGGGGUUUGGGAAUGCACUGAUGAUGUGUGCUAUGGGACUUGUAUGAUAUAUGGAAGUGGCCAUUAUAACACUUUCGAUGGGAAAUUCUAUGACUUUGAUGGGAGCUGUGAAUAUGUGGCUACUCAGGACUUCUGUGGUGCCAAAAAUUCCAGCGGCUCAUUCAGUAUCAUCACAGAGAAUGUCCCCUGUGGAACUACAGGAGUCACAUGCUCAAAGGCUAUCAAAAUGUUCCUAGGGAAAACUGAACUGAAAUUGGAGAACAAAGAGUACAAAGAAAUUCAGCGAGACGUUGGUGAUGAUGUGCAGUAUUGGAACAGGACAGUCGGCCUGUACCUGGUUAUUGAGGCUAGCAACGGUGUGAUGCUGAUCUGGGACAAGAAGACUACUGUUUUCAUCAAGCUGAGCCCUGAUUACAAAGGCAAAGUGUGUGGUCUGUGUGGCAACUUUGAUGACAAGGCAAACAAUGACUUUACAACAAGGAGUGGACUGCAGGAGACUAAUCCUCUGGAUUUUGGAAAUUCCUGGAAACAAUCUCCCAUGUGCCCAGAUGUCACAGAAGAGAUUAAGCCCUGUGAUCUGAAACCACACCGGAAGUCCUGGGCAGAGAAAGAAUGCAGCAUCAUCCAGAGUGAAGUCUUCAAAAUUUGUCACUCCAAGGUGAACCCACAUCCUUUCUAUGAAGCUUGUGUUCAUGAUGCCUGCUCUUGUGACAGUGGUGGAGACUGUGAGUGCUUCUGCUCUGCAGUUGCAGCGUACGCCCAAGAGUGCAUCAAGGCUGAGGCCUGUGUUUUCUGGAGAACUCCUGAUAUCUGCCCAAUAUUCUGUGACUACUACAAUCCUCGCAAUGAGUGUGACUGGCACUAUGAGCCUUGUGGCAGUAAUAUCACAACCUGCAGAAUGAUCAAUAAUGUCAGCACCAACUUUACAGUACCACUGCUGGAAGGUUGCUACCCCAGAUGCCCUAAGGACAAGCCUAUUUAUAAUGAAGAGACAAAGGAAUGUGUGACUGAAGACCAAUGUGGAUGUUACCUCGAGGAUGGAACCCAUAUACAACCUGGGCAAGAAGUACCCACAGAAGAAAACUGUACAAUAUGUGUCUGUGUCCCAUCAGGAUCCAUACAGUGUAAACCACUCCCAGGGUGUCCUUGUGUCAUCAAUGGAACAAGUUACGAAGUGGGUACUGUUGUGGGACAAGUACAGGAUGGUGACAUAUGUAUAAUAUACAUCUGUGCAGAAAAUGGUUCGCUAGUUCCUGGUGAAGUCUAUCCUUGUCCAACAUCUUCGCCUACAACCAUUUCAACCUCCUUCCCUUCCAGUACUCUUACCACCACUACCACAGUUUCCACUACAAGCCAUCCAGUAACUACAACUCCUUGCUUUGGACUAAUCUGUGAUUGGACUGAGUGGUUUGAUGUUAGUAAACCUGAAGAAGGUGGUGGUGACUAUGAAACAUAUGAUGAAAUAAGAAAACAUGGAUACAAGAUAUGUACAGCUCCUGAAGAAAUUGAAUGCAGGGCUAAGGAUAAACCUGAUGUGAGCUUAGAUGAUCUUGGUCAGAAAGUAGAGUGUAAUGUUAAAUAUGGGCUUUUCUGCAAAAAUGAUGAGCAAGAUGUAACUAUGUGGCCACUUUGCUAUAAUUAUGAAAUCAGAGUAAACUGUUGUGAGUGGCAAGAAAUUCCUUGUGGGUCUACAAUUACACCUACUAUAUCACAAGCUUCAACCACCACCAAGACAACAAUACCCACAACCACGACUUCAACAGAGAUUAUCACCCCGCCUAUACACAUCCAUUCCACAACAAGCACACCGAGCACAGCAUCCCCUACACCGGAAUUGCCAACCACUUCCACGCCGCCAGAGACUCCCAGCACCACCACAACCACCACCCCUACAACCACCACCACCCCACCACCACCACCAACAACACCUGUUACACCCACAACUAUCCCCUGUGAGUGCAUCUGGUCUGACUGGAUUGAUGUGACUUACCCAGACGGUUCCAACAAGGACAGUGGUGACUACGAAACCUUUGAGAACAUUUGGAAGAACAACCCCUCCUGGGAGUGUGCCAAAGUUGAGAAUAUUUCAUGCCGAGCAGAGAAAUUCCCUAACACGCCCAUUGCAGAUUUAGGGCAGAAAGUGGAAUGUGAUGUUGACGUAGGGCUCAUCUGUAACAAUAAAGAUCAGCAGAUAGGAGGUAUAGUACCGAUGCCAGUCUGUCUCAACUACGAGAUCAGUGUCUGCUGCACCCCGAACAGACCAGAGUGUCUUUCACCUCCAAGCACCACGAGCACCACAACUUCCACAGCUUCAACCACAACGAGCAGUGUGUCCCCUCCAAUAUCAACAACCACUCCAACGACAACAACAGAGAAGACUCCCACCACUACCACCCCUACCACCACCCAACAACCACCACCACCCACUACCACCAGCACCACCACUAAGACUCCCACCACUACCACCCCUACCACCACCCCAACAACCACCACCACUACCACCAGCACCACCACUACGCUGCCUCCCAGCACCACCCCCAGCCCUCCGAGCACAACCACAACGGUUCCUGUCUCAACAACACCCAUGUCAACUACUUCAAGCACAUCCACGCCCACACCAACAUACACCACCACCACACCAACUCCAGGCACACCGAGGACAGUACCCACUCCAUCAGAAUUGCCAAGCACUCCCUCUUCACCAGAGACUCCCGCCACCACCACCACCACCAGCACUUCUCCAACCACAACCACAACUGUUACUGGAUCACCAACACCCACCUCAACUACUUCUAGCACAUCCUCUGCCACACCAACAUAUACCACCUCCAUACCAACUCCAGGCACACCUCCAUCCACACUGAGCACACCAAAAUCAACAACCACUCCCUUGCCGCCGGACACUCGCACCACCACCACCAGCCCUCCGAGCACAACAACAACUACUGUUACUGCAUCAACAACAACCGUCUCAACUCCUGAAACAGUCCCAUCUUCAUCCACACCAAGCACACCAAAAUCGACAACCACUCUUAGCACCACCAGCCCUCUGAGCACAACCACAACUGUUACUGGAUCACCAACACCCAUGUCAACUACUUCAAGCACAUCCUCACCAACACCAACAUACACCACCACCACACCAACUCCAGGCACACCUCCAUCCACACUGAGCACAUCAAAAUCAACAACCACUCCCUUGCCGCCGGACACUCGCACCACCACUACCAGCCCUCCGAGCACAACCACCACUGUUCCUGGAUACCCAUCUACCAUCUCAACUCCUGAAAUUAUUAUUACCAAAACUCCGACGACUCCACCCACAGAAGCAAUAAAGACACCAGAGAUACCGACAGAGACAAGCACUCCAGUUACUCCUUCAGCUACCCCACUGCCAACAACAAGAACGACAGAAAUAAGUACGCCUACUGCAAGCACCACUAGUCAACAGUCAACAUCACCGGUGUCAACAAGCCCAGUGACAGCUACCACCUCUGAAGUCACUGAAACAGGAUCAACCACCAAGACAACCACUUCAGGCCCCACACCCUCAAGGUCCACCAGCACUACACCAGUAACAGAAACAUCUGUCUAUGAGACCACUACCACCAGGACCCCAAGCCCUCCAACAGGAUCAUCUCCCACCACUUCCAGCCCUGGCACCACCACAACCUCGGGACCAAGCAGCCCUACAGGAACACUACCAAUAUCAACAACUCCAUUCACUCGAACAGGAUCAACUGCCAAGACUACCACUUCAGGCCCCACACCGUCAGUGUCCACUCCCUCCACCACCACAGUAGGAACAGAAACAAGUACCCCAGGGACAACCUCUGCAACUGUUACUACUCCAACAACAUCAACCCGCCCUGUGUCGACCACCACCUCUGGUACUACUCCAACAGAAAGCUUUACCACCACUUCAGGAACCACCUCUAGUACUUUUACCACAGUCAAUGCAACCACCACCUCCACCACCCUUCCCCCUGGCUCAACUACUACAUCUGGGCCUACUGCUACAUCAACUGCAGUCACCACUACAGGAAGUUCUACACACAGUGUAACUCCUCCAGUUAAUGGCUCGAGUACAACUACAGGUCUAAUACCAACAACUAAAAAAACUUGUACUAUUUUCCCUAAUGAAUCUUAUGAGCAAGGUGAGUCAUGGUGGCUCUGUAACUGCACUAAGGCAAUAUGUAUAGAAGACAACAUUGUCCAGGUGAUUCCAGUAAUCUGCAAUCCACCUCCAAAACCAACGUGUGCCAAUGGACUGUCUCCUGUGCCAGUCAUUGAUGAGGAUGGAUGCUGUUGGCACUGGGAGUGUGAUUGCUACUGCACUGGCUGGGGAGAUCCACAUUACAUGACUUUUGAUGGAUUGUACUACAGCUAUCAAGGGAAUUGUACAUAUGUCCUUGUGGAAGAGAUCAAUAAAAAAGUCGACAACUUUGGUGUCUACAUUGAUAACUAUCAUUGUGAUGUACGGGAUGUAGUGUCCUGUCCUCGAACGCUCAUCGUGAGACACGAGACUCAGGAAGUGAGGCUAACAACAGCACAACCAAAUACUCUACAAGUAGAGGUGACAGUAAACAACCAGCUUGUGGCUUUGCCUUAUAAGAAGUUUGGUGUAAGCAUCUAUGAAUCAGGCAUAAAUCGUGUUGUGGAAAUUCCUGAGCUGAAAAUGAAUGUGACCUACAAUGGCUUGUCCUUUUCUAUCAGAAUGCCCUACAGCCUGUUUGGCAACAACACCCAGGGCCAGUGUGGUACUUGCAAUAACAACACGGCAGAUGACUGCAUGCUGCCAAAUGGAAACAUUGCAGCAAACUGUGAAACCAUGGCAGAUCACUGGCAAGUUGUUGAUCCAUCCAAACCACAGUGCUCUCCAGGCCUAGUUCCUACAGGUUCACCUAGCACAACACCAAUACAGCCUUGCAAAGAAUCUUCCAUCUGUGAGCUUCUUUUGGGAAGUGUGUUCGAGCCAUGCCAUGCAUUUGUCCAACCUGAAAAGUACUACGCAGCCUGUGUUUUUGAUAGCUGUGUACUUCCCAACCUAGACCUGGAAUGCUCAAGUCUGCAGAUCUACGCUGCCACCUGUGCCGAUCAAGGCAUGUGCAUUGACUGGAGAAAACACACCAAUGGUGUAUGCUCUCACGAAUGUCCGCCAGGUAAAGAAUACAGAGCAUGUGGUCCUAUUAAAGAGAUGACCUGCAAAUCAAGAGGACAGAACAACACAUCAACUAAAGAAGUGGAAGGCUGUUUCUGUCCUAAUGGAACCAUGCUGUAUGACUCUGGUGUGGAUGUCUGUGUGAAAACCUGUGGCUGUGUCGGAGUGGAUAUGAUACCAAGAGAGUUUGGAGAAGAGUUUACAGUGGACUGUCAGGACUGUAUUUGCCUGGAAGGUGAACAUGGCAUUGUGUGUAAGCCUCACAUAUGUGAACAAAAGAAGGUCACCUGUGAUGGAGAAGGCUUCUAUGAGGUCACUGAAGUCAAUCCUAAAGACUCCUGCUGCCCUCUUUCCACUUGCAAAUGCAAUACAAGCUUGUGCACAGCUAAAGCCCCCAAGUGCUCACUGGGAUUCGAAGUUCAUUCUUACAUUCCCAGUGGUCAGUGCUGUCCUGUAUACCAAUGUGUUCCCAAGGGGGUUUGCGUACACGAGAAUGCUGAGUUCUUGCCCAACUCCUCAGUCUUUGUUGACAAGUGUCAGAAUUGUUUCUGCACAAAUGAUGUUAACGUCAGCACGCAACUGAAUAUCAUCUCCUGUGAACGUGUCCCCUGCAACACAUACUGUCAACCAGGAUAUGAAAUUAAACCAGUGAAAGGUGAAUGCUGUGGAAAAUGUGUGCAGACCAAGUGUAUUAUACACACAUCAGACAAUUCUGAACUCAUCUUGAGUCCUGGAGACUUUAAAAAUGAUCCUCACAACAACUGCACCAUUUAUAGCUGUGUAGAUGUCCACAACCAGCUUAUUGCUUCCACAUCUGAGAUUACCUGUCCAGCAUUCAAUGAGGACAGCUGCAAACCUGGAACUAUUUCAUUCUUACCUAACGGUUGUUGCAGAACCUGUGCCCCUCUGGACAGCCGCACACCGUGCUCUGUGCGCCACAGACAAGACUUCAUUGUCUACCGUGGCUGCCGCUCCGUGGACAGAGUCGACUUGACUGAAUGUGAAGGAACAUGUGGAACUUUCUCGCUAUACUCUGCUGAGGCCAAUUCUAUGGACCACAGCUGCUCCUGCUGCAGAGAAACACAGACCACUGAGAAGCACGUGGUUCUGAGAUGCCCCGGUGGGCACUCAAUGUCACACAAGUACGUCUACGUGGAGAGCUGCAGCUGUCAGGACACUGAAUGCAGCAGGCCAAAGUCUAAUGAGCUGCAGAACAAUGAAGAAAAUGACAAGGCAAGCGCUCUGAACCGGAUCAAGAGAGCCAUCAGCUUAACAUCAAAAUGAAGGCAGAAAACCCCUGGCAUCAUUAACUAAAAGGACUGUGAACCAUUCUUACCUUCCUUGACUACUUUUGAACUUUACUUUUCCCAGUAACUGCCUCCUGUUUGUUCUCUAAUUAAUUUGACAGUGCUCUAUUUAUUUGUGCACAAAAUAAGAACACAAAUUUGUAUUCUUACAAGUGCACAGCCUCUUGGGUCCUUUUCAAAUCUGCUUAUUUUUCUGUGAAUGAUUAAAAGCACAUCUCAAAAAGCA